CUGGAUUCUCCAACGCAUCCUCUUCAAACUCUUGAAGUAUAACUUCGAUGCCGGCAUCGUCUGUUGAUUUGGUAAGCAGGGAGUGAUCCGCCCCAGAGUCCAGCCAACCCAAAUUGAAGCUGAAUCUGAGUGUUUUGCCUAACAGUGCAUUAGGUUCUGACAGUUGCCAUCACAUACCGCUGCGUUGGACAGAUGGCGACAUGCUCGGUAAGCGAUCUCUUCUUUUCUUCUCUCCCCUUCACGUAAUAGCGCGAUCUCGUGACAACAUGCAUCCAUAUGCUCCUUCAGGAAACUAUCACUUCCCAUCACACAUACUGAAUCAUGGCUCCCUGACUCCUCCUCCGAGCAAUCCGUCCCAGCAUAAUAAUAUUCAGCCACAGUACCCAUAUACAAAUCGCACUCAUUCCACAAUACACACUCCC